AUGCCUAAUGAUUCUGAAAAUGGUUACUCCGGUCGACAGGCUAAAGAAUUGGCGGAUAUCAUUGAAGAGAUUGAAUUUAAUCGCCGAAAAAUCAAUGAGCUCAUUGAAAGAAAUGAGGAAUUGGAGCAACGGAAGGCCGAGAUAGAAUUUAAUCUGGAGAUACGUCAAGCAGAGAAGGCUGAAAAAAUUGCUAGCACCAAGUUUGACGGGACCUUUUCAUGGUCUGAUGAGGUGGAUACGAUAUUGAAGAAGGUUUUCCACCUCGAUUCUUUUCGUCCUCUCCAGCGAGAAGCUAUCAAUGCCAUUAUGUCUGGAUUCGAUACGCUUGUAGUAAUGAGUACCGGAGCUGGCAAGAGCCUUUGUUAUCAACUUCCUGCAGUUGCAAUGAAAGGUGAACCUUCUAUACACUUCUAUCCACCGAGUUUGGUAGAUGGACUAUUUUUGUGAAA